AUGCUGAGGACGAUAAAGGAUAUUCAUUUCCCUGUUAAUUGCAAGUUUUCUUCCUACCACUUUUGCCAGGUUGUCACAAGUUGGUCAGCAAUUUAUUGGAAGGUAGGAGCUCCUGCUGGUGGAGUUGAUGACAUGACCAAACUAUCAUAUUUGGUCGAGCCUAGAGUUUUGCAGAGUUUGAAGUAUACUGGAGCUAUUCUUAUUGCCGUUAAUGUAUUCGACAAUCUGCCUGAGUUGUAUGAUGCUCAUGAGACGGGGGAACAAUACAAGGGAGCAACAUUUGGAGAACUGGGUCCUCAUGUUUAG